AUGUCUAAUAAUAUAAAACUGUCAAAUAAUUGUAUGUCGCAUCUAUUUGAUGAAAUUCGAUAUGAGCUUCGCAGUAUAGAAAAUGAUCGUACACGUCAUUUGGGUAUUACAACGGAAAUAAUAACUAUCACAUCAUUGAAUAAAGGUGAGAGUGAGAACCUACUGAAUGCAGGAUGGUCACCAUUUAAUAUCGAAGAACUCACUAUUGUGAGCGCUUAUUUCAACUUUUGUAUACCACUGAAGAUGCUACUUGGAUUUGCUGAAGAUUUCAAUAAAAUCAUAGUUAAUUCUAAACAUGAAUUGAUUUUACUACGAUCUAAAGAUGAUAAACAGGCUAUUAAAACUACCCUGGCAAAUGAGCAAAUUAAAUUAAAUAUUUUGAGUAUUACAUGGAAGAUGCCACAUGUUCAACUUGCUGAUGUUUGCAAAUUGGAACGGUUUAGGAAAAUCUAUUCUCGUCAACCGUUAAAUAUAUGCUUUAGAACUUGGGAUAUGUAUUAUUAUCCUACAUUUCGUCACAGUGUUACUGUUUUGUGGAAUGUUAAGUUAGCCAGUGAAAAUGAACGACCGCGUUUUCUGCUUAUAGCAUUUCGAAACGCCGAAAACAAAUUUACUCAUUGCAAUUUAACGAAUGUAAAGAUACAUCUAAAUUCCGUUUCAUAUCCAUAUGAUGAUUUGAAUCUUAGCUUCAGUCGAAAUCAAUUCGCUUUACUCUAUGAUAUGUAUUCAAAAUUUCAAGAAAGUUAUUAUUCAUGCGAUUCAUAUCCGCUAUUGAAACGUAAUGAGUUUCCAACGCUUGCACCCAUAGUUCUUUUGGAUGUAAUACUUCAAAAUGAAUCGGUUAAAAGCAGACCCAUCGAUAUUCGCAUUGAAUUGAAAGCCUCAACAGUGCGCGUUUGUAAAAGAAAAAAAAUAGCGAUGGGUAAUCCUAUACCGUUCACUAUUACCACUCCUGAUGUAGAUUGGAAUUCAAAAACGGUAGAGUUCAAUUCAACUCUACGCAACGAUGGUGCUCUGAAAAUUAACGUAUCAUUUGUUAUGAUGAAAGUAAAUCAAGGUGAUGCUACAACGUUAACAACUAGUACAACUAUUUCACCUAUUGAAGCACCAACGACACAGUAA